UGACAGUGGAUCCUCCUCUUGUUUCGCAAUGGGACACGGCCGAAGACGCGUGCGCGCGCGCGCCCGGAGCCUCGGCUCGGUUUAGUGUCGCGCAAACGAUCGGCGCGAGCAGCCGAUCGCCGUCGAAAUCCGCUCCGGACAGGUCGAUUCGCACGGCAACUGGCUCGGGCUCUUCCGGCGACACCCACACGCGCCGAUAGUCCUCCGACGAAGCCGCCGGCGCGGCGGCAUUGUUCCCCGCUCCCCCCCUCUUCUUCUCUUAUCAGCCCGGAGUGCCUUCGACGGCACCGCUGAUACACUUAAAUCGACCGCGAUCGCCGUCGACGCGUUAUCGCCGUUCGCUCCCAUUUUCACGGAUAUCGUUGCUCCCGCCGCCGCCGCCGCCGCUCGCGACGCCGCCUCGAUUUAUUGCUAAUUGUUUCGGCUCCGCGGGACGAUCCGGUCCGCCGACUCUUCAUGGUGUAAGAUGAGGAGUGGACGAACGUACGACAAAUUGGCGGAAGAUUAGCUCGGUGUGCGAACGGUUGAAGAAGGGGAGUCACGCGGUUCGCUGCUGCUCGGCGUGUACAAACAAACAAGGGUGGUCCCCCGGUCGCUUAGUCCGCGGUGUCACGUGCAGCAGAACAACAAUGUGAGGUCGACGCGAGCGUCGAAAGUGUUGGGGACCCCCACCCCCCACCCCCCUACCCUCGGGGUAAAUCGUUUGACGAUUCUCGAACCGAUCCGACGGCGACGUAAAUGAGAGGCGCUGGUCGUGUUUUCGACCGCAGGAAUGAGCCUGCAUGGUGCUCGAACAGUCGGCGACAGUGCGCGGUGCUAGGGUGGUGUUCUUAAGGAGGGAGCGAGACGGGCGAGGUGGUCGCCGCGACGAACGAUCGGCCGUCAGUGUUCGCGAAGAUAGGCGGCUCGGUGUUGCUUGAGAUGGACUCGGUGGCGGUGACGGUGCCACUCCGUCAUCCGACGAAAAGGAUGAAGAAACGGAAGGAGCUCGACGCGCUCGCGCCCCCGCACACCGUCCCACGCCGCAGCUCCGGGAAACGGAGCUCGCAAGAGUUACUAUCAGAUAGCAGCGAUAACAGCGAACUAUCGGGAUUCUGGAAGGUAUCGACUUUAAACGGCGGCAAAGGCAGGGACAGACGAAUCCGAGCUUGUCCCGGAUUUUUUAAAGCUUGUAGUGCCUUUCUGGCUUGCGCCUCCGUGUUAGCAACCGCUAGUUUAAUUUGGCUGUUCAUCGAUGUCCGUCAGCAACUGACCGCACUUCGGACCGAGCUGGACCAAGUAAUAGACGGCAGCCAGAGUGUUCCCGACGCGCUACAAAAAUGUCAUUCUCUGUCGAGAGACCUCCAGAACAACCAAACCAUUAUGUUCAAUCAUUUGUCCGAUCUCAAGCUCCAGAUCAAUAAUUUCACUACACAGUUAACUGCUAUCCAACGCGACCUACAUCAGGUUGAAGAGUGGUUCAAAGCUGAACCCCAACUGGCCAACGUGCCCACAGAAUUGAACUCGUUGUCAAACAGUGUAGCAUCGUUCGGCAGCCAAAUACGAGACUUGAGUGCCACUUUGGAUACCCUGAAGGCAUCCAACGCGAGGGUACAAGAUGUCCAGGCCACCAUGUUGCAGAAUAUUACUAAUAUCAAAAAUACGGUAACAGAACUGUCGAAUGUUACCCAGAGACCACAAAUGGUGACCACGAAUGAAACAAAGAUAAAGACUGAUGAGUUGAACGCAGCGAUUUUGCGGCUGUCCAACAAUCUGACUCAUGUCAACGAAACUUUGUCGGGAGUGGUGCAGUGGGUCACAGAGGAUCAGAAGAAAGAUCAUAAAACACUGGAGUUACUACAGGAGGCCUCGCAGGCCGUCAACAUGACCGUAAUAUCUCUGCAGACAUCAGUAUCGGCGUCUAUUAAGAAAUUGAAUGACCAAGUGACCCUGAUUCACACAGCGAAUGCGGAUCUGAGCGAUAAGGUGAAACAGUUAGAACAAUCGCAUACUACCCCAAGAAAUUCUAGGAGCCCCAUGCUCGGUGCGCUAAGAGAGAGUCCAGCGCAGGGACCGAACAAAGCGAGAAGUUUGAAGGAGUCGAUCGCUGGGUAUGUGACGACCGAGCAGAAUCGUAAUGGUUUAGACUUGAACGAGACGUUGAUGAGGAAACCAUUGACAGAACGGUCAAUAGAAACCCCAUAAUCUGUGAUGACCAUGCGUGAGCAUAGACUCGCCUGUAUGGUUGACAUGGUUGCGUUUCCAGGUGCCCGAGGAAGUGUGUAUUUGUAAAUAGGAAUAAAUUAAGUAUGUUGAAAAAUCCAUGUACAUAGAAAGGUAAAUAUUUAUAGCCUGGAUCAUGUUAAAAUGAGUAUUCGUGUCCGAGCAUGAGCUAGGGAAUGCUAUUUAUAACGAGCAAUAACGUAUACGUGCGCGCGCGCGCGCGUUGAUCUAGCUGCGUGUCGAGAUGUCAAAUACUAUGUAUUUGAACCGUGUAUCUCGAGGAAAACAACAGCAAAAGUAAAGAGACGAAUACAAGUCGGAGGAUGCAACUGCCCCGAGUGUUUCAGAUAUACCAUCGAAAAGUACAAAGAGUGUUUACACUUGUCCCUUCGCGAAGUCGAAGAUUCGCGUCGUUUCAGCGUGCGUUGUAAUCGUGAGACAUUUUUUCUACUCUUCUACCGUUUGUAGAUCAGUCGUAGGCCAUAAAUUUGCCAAAACGUCCCGGCAAUGUUAGCGGUGAAUACCGGAUUUUAGCAAACUCUGAAUUGUUAGAACCUGUUGUUUCAAUUCCGUUUAUUCAUAGAACGAUGUGGGGAACCUCGAAUGCCAAAGCGAAGUGUUCUGUAACCGUUUUCGUUUUGUUUCCACCGAACAAACAGUGGAAACAAAUGUCUUGACCUUUUUGUCUCUUGUACAGGAUGAUCCAUCUCAAUGUACAAAUUGAUAUACUUUGAAAAAUACAUGAAACUGGAAGAAAAUGAAUUCGAAAAGGUACCGGGAAAAGGAAGAAAAUGCGAAUGACUUUGUGACGGUCUUGGUCUUUAUACAUAUUUAACCUUGGCGCUAGAUACUUACAAUUAUAAUACACAAAAAGUUUCAUCCUUCAGUGUAAUGUAUUUUUCGAGGUACAUCUUUUUAUGAAACGUUAGUGGGAGCUGCAUUAUUGAAUUCAUAUCUACUGUAUUCCGUAACGGGCCGUUAAUUAGCGCCAUUAUAAUUUAGAUGCACCCUAAUAUUGGUUGCAUUAUGUAAGUGAAAAAUGCACGUUGAUUUCUCUGUAUUCUGCUUGAAUAUGUUAUAUAAUGGUUACGCGUGUAAUCGUCGAGUGAAUUGUAGCUAUUGCGGAUAUAUUUAAACAAACGUACAUACGUCCAUUCUAGGGAGGAACGAAGGAUUGUAUUCGCAUUGAAAGAGAAAAGGCGAUUAUGAUUAUUAAAUGACGGACUACGAGGGAAAUAUCACGAUGAAAAUUAUAUGAAUUUAUAAAACGGGAUCUGCGGAGUGCAAAAUAAAAAAAAAAUGACACCGUCGAUGUGUGAAUAAAGAUUUGAUUGUUCAAAUUUCA